ACAUACUCUCAGUAUUGCAGCCGGUGGUGCCGGCUAGUCGUGCCACACUGCGAAGGCCCUCGUGGGCCACUUGCAGCGUACUCUCGACGUGGCGGGCAAUGGCGAUACCCAGCAAGGCUAAGAAAGGCAGUGGGUGCACAUGGUGUUCGAUAUGCCCGAAAAUUUGCAGCUGUAUCACAAAAUCUGUUCGCCGUUCAACGCCAUCCCGGACAACGAGCUGCAGUACUACACCUUCGUGAUGACGAACGGCGCAUGGCAGCCGCUGGCCCUGCUGCAGUCCGAGACUGAGCGCUACUACGUCGUCGAGGCUCUGACGGUGGCACCGGCCAACAACAUGUCGCACCUGACCCACCUCGGAGCAGCACGGCCCCACCGCUGGCUCAGCAGAUUCCGGGACUUCGCCGACCCGGCCAACCACCACCUGAAGUUCGCCUGCGCCCUGGCGCUGCCGGCGGACAAGUGGGAGCUGGACGCGAUCCUGCCGGCCCGCAGCGGCCUGUGCCGCGAGGACAAGUGGCUCAGCGGCCGCUACCCCAACAUGGACGGCCCCAACUAUGAGCACCCGGAGGCGCACACCUACCUGAUGGCCGCUGUGGCCAGCUCCACACGCCCGCCGGAGCGCCUACUGCAGGUCGCGGAGUUCUGCCUCACCGGCAACCAGCUGCCCACGGUGGCCGGCAACAACACACGGGAGCGCAACGCGGUGAAGCCCAACCUGCUGGUGGCGGGCUACCGCAUGGCCACCAUGCCCCAGAUGGCCCUGACCCAGCCCGCCGCGGCGCCGGCCAACAUCAUCGACGAGGACGAGGAGGGCUCUGACUAAACAACCCAAGAACCCCACGACCCACGCCGACCAACCAAGCGCCACGCCCCCCCUGGACCUACCUAUGCGGGCCAGACUGUGGGACAAGAUGGGAGGUCACGGGGGCCUCUACCAGUAGCCGUGCAUGUACCCUGCUGGCGAUCGCAAUAGACGCUAGUGCCAGUGAAGAGACGGUUGAGACAGAUGACUGUUGCAUUGAAGUUACGGCUGUUACUACUGCAAGGUGUGAACACGCGCAACUCGUGUCGAUAGAAGAGCACAGGAAUGAUGCGACGGGCAACCCUAAUCCCGCCCAGGGUAGAUCAAUUGAUUUGGCUUUCCGGACGCAGAAGCUUGGGUUUAACAGGCUGACAACCACUGAAGAGACGGUUGAGAUGGAUGACUGCUGCAAUGAAGCGUCGGCGGCGACUACUGCACGGUGUGGCCACACACAACUCGUGCCGGGAGAAGAGCAGAAUACUAUUGCAAUGGGCAACUAUAACCCUGCCCAGGGUAGAUCAACUGAUUUGGCUUUAAAGACGCAGAAGCCCGGAUUUAACAUGUUGAUAGCCACUGAAGAGAUGGUUGAGACGGGUGUUGGUUGCAGGGAAGUGCCGGUUGAGACUACUGCACGGUGUGACCACAAGCAACCCGUGUCGGCAGACGAGCAGAGUAAUGAUUCCAUGGGCAACUCCAACCCAGCCCAGAGUAGAUCAAUUGAUUUGGCUGUGAAGACGCAGAAGCCCGGGUUCUACAAGCUGAUAGCCACUGAAGAGAUGGUUGAGACAGAUGAUGGCUGCAAGAAAGUGUUGGCUGUGACUACUGCACGGUGUGAACACACGCAGCUCGCGUCGGUAGAAGAGCAGAGUAACGACGCUAUGGGCAACUCCAACCCAGCCCGAGGUAGAUCAGUUGAUCAGGCUUUGAGGACGCAGAAGCUUGGGUUCAACAGGCUGAUAGCGCACCCUAACCAUACAAGCGAUAUGCAAGCUGUGGCAUGCCAGACCCCGGAAAUGACU